CUGAGUGCUAGGGCAAGGGUGUUUUAAAAAAUAGUACUUCUCAGAUUAAAUGUGAAUUUAAGUCUCUUUGUGGUUGGAAUUUAUAGAUGAAGUUGUAGCAAUAAAAAUAGAAGGCUGUUGCUUCCCCUGCUCCUUGCUGUAGAGGUCCUCUUGAAGAAUGGAUACUACAGUGAGAAGUCUUCCAUCCAUUCUAUCAAGUCCUAAAUGAAUUCACAGAUACCUCUCAAGAUGCAGAGCAUCAGAUCCUCAGGAAAUUGCACUGACCCCGACAUGAAAUUUCAGUUCUCCCUGUAUGCAGCCACUUACAUAAUAAUAUUUAUACCUGGUCUACUAGCAAACAGUAUUGCAUUAUGGAUUUUGUGUCGCUUCAUCAGCAAAAAAAGCAAAGCCAUAAUUUUUAUGAUAAAUUUGGCUGUAGCUGAUCUUGCUCAUGUUCUGUCAUUACCACUCCGAAUGUUUUAUUAUUUAAACCAUACAUGGCCCUUCGGGAGCUACUUUUGUCAGCUUUGUUUCUACCUGAAGUAUCUCAACAUGUAUGCAAGCAUUUGUUUCCUUACUUGUAUAAGCAUGCAAAGAUACCUUUUCCUCCUCCAUCCAUUCAAGGCCAAAGACUGGAAGUGCAGGUAUGAUAUAGCCAUUAGUGUUGUUAUAUGGAUAUUUGUUGGAGCUGCGUGCUUAACAGUGCCAAUUUUUAGAAGUCCUUCAUUGUUCAACACUACACACAUAUGUUUUGCAGACCUUGAAGUGAAGCAAAUUACAACAGGAGCUACUGUGACUUUGGUAACAAUAGCUGAAUUAUUUGGGUUUGUGAUCCCCAUUUGCAUUAUUGCGUACUGCACUUGGAAAAUGAGGGAGUCUCUACAGGAAUUCCAAACAUCCUUGCAACCCACAAGUGAAAAAAAGCGAGCUUUACGCAUGAUCCUGACAUGUGCAGCUGUAUUUUUCAUCUGUUUUACACCAUAUCACAUAAACUUUCCUCUUUUUAUGAUGGUGAAAGAGAAUGUAAUCACAAACUGUUCCAUACGCAGAAGUACGCUUCAUUUUCAUCCAGUUUCUCUAUGUCUUGCAAGCCUGAACUGUUGUUUAGAUCCAAUCCUCUAUUACUUUAUGACAUCAGAGUUUCAAGACCAGUUAUUGAGGCACAGAGGUGCUGCCCACAGGAGUGGCCUUACGGACAGAGAGAGCAGAUCAUCUUUAAAGGAGACUAUUGAUGAUGAUAAUACAGAGAAAGGAAGUCCUUUAUGUGUCAAAUGUUGGCUUCUUCCAAGACUGUUAAAUCAAACAAACAACAUGGAAAGUCCUUCAGUGGAACCUGAAGAGUUUUAUUUACAAUAAGUCUUAUGGCAAACUGUGGCAGAUGGGAGUCCCAGGGUUGGCUGUGACAUUCCCUGGUGUCCUGUGACCAGGCCAGCUCCACCCCGAGGGCACCUUCUUAUUUUGCCCAGCAUGCCUGUUGGUAAAAUGAUAAAUAGGGAGGCUGCCUAUGAACCUUUGCACGGCUCCCAGUCCCUUUGAACCCUGCUAGACCAUACUGAUCUUCGGACCCCUCACCAGGCCUCUUCCAGACAGUGCCUCACGGGACACCUCAAGCCUUAUGGGCUAUUUGUGUAGCUCCAAAUCCUCCCCUUUACCACACCCCAUGCCUUGCGAUGUAAUAUGAACAGGUGACUCACUUAGCCCUUUCCUGGAGCCUAACUCCACCCCUAUGCUGGGCCUCUUUCAUGUCCCUGUUUAUUGCAUCCCUAUGGCACGGGGCCCCUCCAGCCUCCAUAGCUGUGCCCUUCUAGCGCUGGGCUCUACAGAAUAGGGUGCCCCACCUGCUGGGCACUGAUGAGGCCUCCUCCGCCCCUUAUAGCCUCAUCCUAAAACCACUGUUGCAAAUAACAACACAAACAUAAGCCCCUGGGCUAUAACAUAACACUAAUAAUGAAGGCAGCGCUCUGUCCCUUUAAGAGGGCAAACUUCCACCCUUAGGGUAGCAUGCCUCCUAGCCCCUGGUACAUGGGGAGCUCCUGGAGUCCUAGUGCACUUGGGUAACAAAGCAGGUAGCACCAGGUCUCAGGCAGCUCCCUUGUGCAGGACCUCCUUCCCCUGGCAGUUGCCAGAGAAAGUGAAUCAAAACUCCAGCAUUGAGCUUAUAUAUCCCCAGGGCCCUGCCUCCUUCCAGUCCCACCUCACCACCUGCAGGUGCUGGUCAAUUACUCACUUAGGCUGUUGCUCAGGCAACCUGAAGGUGUGGAGCUCUGCCUAGCCUGCAGGGCUCUCUGGCAAGGCUGCUUCUGCCCUUAAAGGAGCAGGCACAGAUUAGUGCCCUGCUACACAAAGCAAGGCAUUUUGCUCUACAGAGGUGCAUUUCAAAGUUGAAAUGAUAAGCUAAGCUUAUGCUAAGCUCAGAAAUAUGGGAUGACAGCAUCUCUUGCCAACAGAUACAGGAUAUCUGAAAGAGACAGAUCCCUUAACUUUAUCUUUUAAAAAAUAUUAUCAUUGUGAUUAUCUCCCUAUUUACCAUAGCCUCCUCAUGCAAAGUUCUCUUUCAUUUCCUGGGGAAGUUGUUAGGUCCCAUAACUCGUCUUCAAAGAUAUUCUAAAAUGUGUGUCUUCAGGUGAUCCACGUAGUGAAACUCCCUUGCCUAUAAUGGGGAUUUGACUAGUUCAUUUCCAUCUCCUACUUGGAGUCUUGGGAGUGGAUUUAAUGCUUGUUAUUACUAUUACAGCCCUAUAGGACUCUUGUCUCCAAGCUACAUUUAGAAUAUUUGAGAUAUCAGGUAUUUUUUAAAAUUGGUAAUACUUUAUUUCUGACAAUAGCAUGGUUUGCAUCGAUUAAUGUUGCUGUUUCAAUAGAUUACAAUGAAAAUGGAGUAAUUUAUUAUAUAUAUAAAGCCAUUUUUUAAUAC